AUGGCAGAAUUAGGUCGCUAUCCUCAGCAACAAGAUAUACAACAAUAUCGACAGACGCAAUUGACUCUAUUACCGCCAUUAUCCUUAGCAUCGCUUCAACAGCAACCUACACAACAGCAAGCCACACUGCAGUCACAGCAUUCAUCCUCCCAAUGGGUAAUAAUUGAUGAAUCAGCUAGCGUAGCUUCACCAAAUUCACAAAUUCGAACUAAUGGUAAUAAUAAUGUACUUCCUCAACCAAUAAUAAAAGUUCCAUUCCCACCGCAAGUUAAUCCUGAAGAAUUAAUUACGAAACAAAGAAAGGGAAAAAUUCCCACAAAACCGCCAAAUGCAUUUAUGAUAUAUCGAAUGAAAUAUGUCGAAGAAUUGCAUGCGAGAGGAUAUCGAUUACCGAUGCGAGAUGUUUCCGCUUCUGUUGCGAGUAGUUGGAAAGAUGAGCCAGAGAUGAUAGUUGCGCAUUAUGAAGAAAUUGCAAGAGAAACAAGCAAAAUUUAUAAUCAUCAAAGGACCAACACGACACAAUCAUCAAAUCAAUCUGGAGGUUUUCUACGUCAAAUGACUUUACCACCAACCCCGCCUUCUAUGAAUACGAGCCCAGUAAUAAAUCCACAUUAUGGUUCUUUAUUGGGACCUUCAUCCUCGCUUCGAUCUACCUCAUCACUGCAAAAUUAUUCCCAGCAGCAAAAUAACUUAAUCCCGUCUAAUUAUCAAAUGCGACUAAAUGAUCUUCCGCCAUUGCAUACUGGACAAUAUCAAAAUUUUCUUAACGAUAAUUCCAAUGCUCAAACAAAUUGGGAUUAUUCUUCUACCACGCAUUGA